AUGCCUGUCUACCUUAUUUCCAGGAUUGCGGACCCCGUCUUCGCCCUGGCAAUGGGCGUCUCCGCUGCUUUUGCUCGCAUCCAACGCGACCAGCGUGAGAAGUUCCCCGAACGUGCUUCGGAGAUUACGUACGGAAGCAUUGCACAAACGAGUGGGCAACGACUACAAAGGUGGUGGAAUGGCGAUUUCCAGAGUGUCGAAUGA